AUGGGUAUUACAGUGAUAGGUUCUUUGAACUAUGAUUUGGACACAUUUACAGAUAGAUUACCUAAUGCUGGAGAAACUUUCAGGGCCAAUCACUUCGAAACACACGCUGGUGGGAAGGGAUUAAACCAAGCUGCAGCCAUUGGUAAGUUAAAGAUGCCCAGUAGCAGAUAUAGUGUUCGGAUGACUGGUAAUGUUGGAGAUGAUACGUUUGGUAAGCAACUGAAGGGUACUUUGUCCGAUUGCGGCGUCGAUACCACACAUGUCGGUACUUGUGAAGGUAUCAGUACGGGUACCGCUACCAUACUUAUUGAAGAGAAAGCUGGUGGCCAAAAUAGGAUAUUAAUUGUGGAGGGUGCUAACAGCAAGACUGUUUAUGACUCCAAGCAGUUGUGUGAAAUCUUCCCUGAAGACAAGGAAGAAGAAGAGUAUGUUGUUUUUCAGCACGAAAUUCCAGACCCUAUUUCCAUAAUUCAAUGGAUACAUGAGAACAGGCCAAACUUUCAAAUCGUAUAUAAUCCUUCACCUUUCAAGGCCAUGGCCAAGGAAAAUUGGCAGUUGAUAGAUGUUUUAGUUGUUAAUGAAAUUGAGGGGCUACAAAUCGUGGAAAGUAUAUUCGACGAUAAAGUUGUUGAAGAAAUAAGGGAACGGAUAAAAGACGACUUUGUAGGAGAAUAUCGCAAAAUUUGUGAACUUUUACGUAAUACGUUUAUCAACCAAAAGAAAAGAAGCAUUGUCGUUAUGACUUUGGGUUCUAGGGGGGUGCUAUAUUGUUCGCAUGAAUGCCCUGAAGCACAAUUCCUUCCAGCUAUUGAAGAUAUAUCUGUUGUCGAUACUACGGGAGCAGGGGACACUUUCCUGGGUGGUUUGGUUACUCAAUUAUAUCAAGGAGAGAGCUUGUCCACCGCUAUAAAGUUCUCCACAUUAGCAAGUUCAUUGACCAUUCAAAAAAAAGGUGCUGCCGAAAGUAUGCCAGUAUAUAAAGACGUUCAACGUGUGUAA